AUGGGGUGCUGUCAAUCUAAUGAGGUCCACGAGGGUAAAGCUCGUAACCAGGAAAUCGAAAGCCAACUAAGGCAAGAUAAGCAGAAUAUGAGUCAGCAAGUAAAAAUGCUACUAUUGGGCGCUGGCGAGUCUGGAAAGUCCACGAUUCUCAAACAGAUGAAACUUAUUCACGACGGUGGAUACACUCCAGACGAACGGCAGGCAUUCAAAGAAAUCAUUUUUUCCAACACUGUACAUUCGAUGCAGGUCAUCUUGAAGGCAAUGAAAGGAAGAGGAGUUUGGCUAAAGAAUGCGGACAGCUGGAGUUAUGCAGCCGUCAUACUAGAAUUACCAUCCUGCGUUACCUACGAAGAACUACCUACAGAAGUAACCACGGCUAUAAGAAUCCUUUGGAAAGACAGUAACCUUCAGAGUGUGUUCGAAGUAAGCCGAGAAUACCAAUUGAACGACUCUGCCAAAUAUUACUUUGAUUCAAUUGAUCGCAUUGGUGAAAGCAACUAUAUACCAACUGACCAAGACGUACUACGAACUCGUAUAAAAACAACCGGUAUAACAGAAACCACCUUUGUCAUCGGCACCUUUACCUAUCGCAUGUUCGAUGUGGGAGGCCAGCGCUCCGAACGAAAAAAGUGGAUCCAUUGCUUCGAAAACGUAACAUCGAUUAUAUUCAUGGUCGCACUUUCUGAAUAUGACCAAGUUUUGAUUGAAGAUGAAACAGUGAACCGAAUGGACGAAGGCUUGACCUUGUUUAAUUCUAUCUGUAACUCAAAAUGGUUUAUAAAGACAUCCAUUAUCUUGUUUUUAAACAAGAUUGACAUUUUUCGAGAGAAGCUCUUGAAGCAUCCUUUGAAAGAGAAGUUUCCAGACUACGAUGGGCCAAAUCAGUUUGAGCCAGCCUCAGACUACAUCCUCAACCAAUUUGUGCACCUAAAUCAAUCCAAAACAAAGCAGCUUUAUACCCAUUUUACAUGUGCAACAGAUACACAACAAAUCAAGUUUGUCAUGUCAGCAAUUAACGAUAUUAUUAUGAAGAACAAUCUACGGACAGUUGGUCUGCUGUAG